AUUACAACAACGCGCGCACAUAAAAAUUAAAUUUUAUUUUGUGGUCUGUACUGUCCAUGACAACCCUGCUGUGCUGUUUUGAAUAAACGACCAAACAGUUGGUUUGAAUCGAUGUGGCAACACUGCCGUUUCUCAACAAAAGCAUUUCAUUUCCACGCUGAAAAACGCAGAACAUUUUGCGAUGGGGCGAAGUAAAUUCGUUUCGUCCUCGCCAAAAAAGGUGAUGCAGCACGGCGAGUUUAUAAACCGCAUACAAAAGACGCUCUACUAUGGAUGCGUGGACACAACGGAAGCAGACAUGGAGGUUUCCAUGCCAUUUGCAGAGUAUGCUGCUGAUCUGUUCUCGGAGCCACAUCGGGGACACUCAUUGCAUCGCUUGAGCUCUAUUGCGGCAGGCAAAACGCAUGCAACUCCAUGCUCUCUUAUAAUGGCCCUGAUUUACUUGGAUCGUCUUAACAUCAUUGAUCCGGGCUAUGGCUAUAGAAUCACGCCACAAGAGCUGUUUGUUGUGUCAUUGAUGAUUUCAACGAAAUUCUAUGCCGGCCACGAUGAGCGUUUCUAUUUGGAAGACUGGGCUAAAGAGGGCAACAUGAGCGAGGACAAACUCAAGCAAAUGGAACUGGAGUUUCUGACCGCCAUUGACUGGAACAUAUACAUAUCGAACGAGCAAUUCUUUGAUAAGCUCAGCAGCGUGGAACGAACGCUGGCACAGCGCGAGGGCUUGCGACGCGGCUGGCUCACUUACAGCGAGCUGAUGCAGCUGUUGCCCAACUUUACCAUAAUGAGAUUUUUGCUAAAUAACCUGGCUGUGCUGGCGUUGAGCUAUGCGGCCAGUGUGUUCACAAUCGCUGGGGCAUUUUUCAUUGCUAGCCAAGUGCCGGGCACGCUCUGGCAUCGUCGCACACACACGAACGCCACGGCAACGGUUAACACAACGCUGACGACCCCCAUGACAACGCCCAAUGUCACUGAUGCAGCGCCCGUUGUCAGCGGCGAUCUAUCGAUUCGAGUUGCGGCGUCCAACGACAGUUGCAGUGCUUUGAAUGUGGAGGCGGAACUAAUGAAUCUGGAGCAACAAUAUUGCGCCGAAGAAAGACUGAUUGAGUUGGAACGUAGGCGACGCUUGGAGCAACCGCCCAAUCCACUGCUGCCGCCGCCCAAUUUUCAUGUCACGCACGCUUCCACGCAACAGGAUAACACACAGCAUUGGCUCAACAUCAAGUCGCAGUACAGCGAUGGCACUGAGCAUCGCAAUCCAAUUACCUUUGGCCACAAGACGUACAAUUGGAAUCAAGCGCAGAAUGCAUCCAUUUUUUGGCAGGUUCUCAGCGAAGCCAUGUCGCACCAGUCGUUCUUAGUGCGCUGGCCGGUGUUGUGGCCAAAAUUGAUUUAAGGCACGAGCUGCAAUUUUACAAACACGUUCUGUACUUUAAUCUAUAACGAAAAUUCUUUCAAAAAGGUCAAUAUAUGUUGACUCCAAAUAAAUUAUAUUUUUUCAACACUA